AUGAAGGAAGAUGCGCCAAUCAAGGACGACAACACGAGCGAGAAGGCGGCGCAACAGGUGCUCGGAUCGGAACCGGCUUCCAACGAUAAUGAGGCCAACACGCCGCCAUCGCCGGCCGAGAGACAGCAACCGAAAGACGACAGCGAUGCGGAGAGUGUUGGCGGACAGAGAAACACCAUGUCGCGGAAGCGCAUGCUGCUGGCCUUCUCCGCGCUGUCCGUCUGCCUCUUCGUGUCCUUCAUCGACCAGACCAGCGUCUCGACGGCGGUGCCGGCGAUAGCGGGGGACCUCGACACCGGCACGGCGACGUCGUGGAUCGGCACGUCGUUCCUCAUCGCGUCGACUGCCUUCCAGCUCAUCAACGGGCGGCUGUCCGACAUCUUUGGCCGGAAGAACCUGCUCAUGAUAUGCCUCGUGUUGAUGGCUGUCGGCGACAUCCUCUGCGGGUUCGCCAAGACCAAGGAGCAGCUGUUUGCGUUCCGGGCCGUCGCGGGCAUUGGGGGCGGCGGGAUCAACAGCAUUGUCAUGAUCAUCGUCAGUGACAUCACGACGUUGGAGAACCGAGGCAAAUAUCAGGGCGUGCUUGGCGCUGUUAUCGCCCUGGCGAAUGGAGUUGGCCCCUUUGUUGGCGGCGCAGUCGUGGAGGAGGCAACGUGGAGGUGGGUUUUCUGGAUGGUACCCAUCAUAUGUGCACCGGCGGCCGUCACCAUCCUCUUCUGCUUGCCCCUCAAGCACCAGUCGGGCAACUACGCGGACAAGGUCAAGAAGAUUGACUACGGCGGCAUCGCGCUGAACAUGGCCUCGACCCUCCUGGUGCUGGUUCCGCUCUCCGGCGGCGGCGUGUCCUACCCGUGGUCUUCGCCGUUCGUCAUCGCAGCCGUGACUGUCGGCGCCGUCCUGGGCGUGCUUUUUGUCUUGUACGAAUGGAAGCUGGCGAGGCUCCCUAUCAUGCCCCUCCGCCUGUUCCAGGCACCGCACUGCAGCUAUCUCUACGGCCAGACGUUCUUGAUGGGCCAGGCGUACUUUGGCAAUCUGUUUUACCUGCCCAUCUACUUCCAGUCGGUCCUCAAAUUCUCGCCUCUCGCCGCCGGCGCGAUGAUUCUGCCCGUCGUCAUCGCGACGUCGGUCAUGUCCAUUCUCUCGGGUCAGUACAUGCUCUGGCUGGGGCGGUACAUGCCCUGCAUCCUCGUCGGGUUCUUUCUAUGGACGCUAGGCAACGGGCUCACGAUACUCUUUGACCGCGACACGGGGCUGGGCGAGCUCAUCGGGAUUCUGAUCAUCGUCGGCGCGGGCAUCGGCCUCACGCUGCAGCCGACGCUGGUGGGCAUGUACGCCAAUUCGCGGAGCGAGGACCGCGCCGUGACGACGGGUCUGCGGAACUUCAUCCGCACCAUCGGCGGCGCCUUCGGGCUCGUCGUCUCGGGCGUCAUCCUCUCCAACACGCUGCGGCGGGACCUGCAAGGCAGGGGCUUCAUCUCGGACGGCGUCAUCGCCGAGCUGACGUCGUCGACGUACACGUUGGGGCAAAAGGGCUUCUCGGACGAGGAGCAGGCGGUGAUACUGCGGGCGUACAUGAGGGGCCUGCACUACAUCUUCAUCUACUACGUCGUCUGCACCGGUCUCAGCCUGGCGCUGACGCUCGGCGUGGGCAACACGGGCCUGAAGGCGAAGAAGCCGGCGCAGGCCGAGGAGGCGUCGGAAGUCGCGAGCGAACCGCCGGCGGAGACUCUUGGAAACGGAAACGAGAAGAGAGAUGGUAGCAGCUAA